UUCGGCCCCGGGUCGUGUUCGUUAUUAGCUCGAGCGCGCCGGAGGCCGCGCCGAGCGGUCCCUUUGAUCCCGAGGCGACAUGGGGAGCCCGGACUUCUACGCGCUGUGGUCCCUGCGCGACGCGCCGCGGCAGUUCUUCAGCAAAUCCAACCGGAGCAGCUUCCAGGUGCACGUGCCGCUGCCGCUGCCCAAGCAGCUGGUCAUCUUUGGGCUGGGGGAGUGGAGGAGCGGCGAGGCCACCAUUUCAGUGGAGGUCCUGGUUAGUGCGCAGGCGCGGCCCCAGAGAAUCGGCACCCUGACGAGUCAGACGAGGUGCCUGAUCUGGGAGGGAGACUGGAACAGUGACAUUGUCGCCGAAGCAGCAGAAAGAGGCCGAAGAGGAGUUUACGGCAAGAUAGUUCUCACCGUGUGUCGGGAGCCGCAGGGCGCAUGCGUGUUCAGCAGCACGCCUCUGGCGCAGAGGACGCGUCUGUUCCCGGAGCAGGAACACGCAGCCGACCUGUGCAGCACGUUGCUCAAGAACGAGCGUGACCCGGUGACUCCCAGCUCCUCCCACCUGGGCGACGGUGAUGGCGACUGCUCCGCUGACGUCCAGGUCAACGCUAUCGACACCACUGACGUGACUGUGAAGAACGGGCCGCAGAAUCAGACACCCAGACGUCCCGCCAUCCGCAAGCGAGGCCUCCUGACGUCCAGCUUCGAGGACACACACAGUCCGAAGGUCCAGGCUUCAACCCCCAAGAAGAUGCGGCUGAGCACCCAGGAGGAAGUGACCUUCCAGAUAAAAACCGACAACAGAGUUUCAGUGACCCCUUCAACGCGCUGGAGCCACACGAUGUGUCUGAGCGACCCGGACACGGCCAUCCUCAUCGGGGGGGAGACCUCGGAUCAGAACCACUGCCAGGACUCGCUGUGGAAGCUGGAGUUGGACAGCGAUUUCUGGUUCCCCAUGAACUCGUCUGCGUCGGGUCCGGUUCCCCCGUGCGCCCAAGGACAUUCUGCAACCUAUGACCCGGACUCCAAGUCGGUCUUUGUCUACGGGGGUCUGGGGAAGGGUCUGCGCUACAGCGAGCUGUACAUCCUCGACACGGUCAGCUGGAAGUGGAGGCUCGUCACAGCAAAAGGGAACGUUCCCAGCUUGGCGUAUCACUCGGCGAUGUUCUACAAGAGGGAGCUCUUUGUGCUGGGUGGAGUCCAGCCGAGCGCGUCCUCCGGGGAUAAACCCUGCAGCAGUGCCCUCUACAUCUUCAACCCAGAGUUUGAACUGUGGUACAAGCCCAUCGUGGACGGAGACAAACCUCUGCCGAGGUUUGGACACUCGGCGACACUUCUCUCCCAGAGUCUGGUAAUAUUUGGUGGCCGAAAUACUGCAACGUACCUCAACGACGUCUGUGUUCUGGAUUUGGGAUUCAUGGAGUACACGGCCGUGAAGUGUGGGAACCUUCCUCCACUGCCUCGAGGGUUUCAUGCAGCGCUGCCAGUGUCAGACAACAGGAUUCUAGUCAGUGGAGGCGUCAGUGCGAUCGGAGCCCUGCAGGACGUGCACAUCUUCAACACGGACACCAACCUGUGGAGCCCAGUGGCGUCGCCGCUGCUCUCCUCCAGGCCCCGCGCCGGCCACAGCAUGAUAAGUUUGGGCUGCUCCACUCUAACGGACGCCGAGAAGCACGAACGGGGCCAAAACGUCAGCGUUCACUGCAGGUUGCUGGUGUUCGGCGGCUCUGACUGUUGUGGGACCUUCUACAACGAUACGCUCAAGUGCACAGUGGAGAUUCCAAGUUACAAAUGAACUGAGUCCAAGCAGGACGGUCUGCUUUUAAACAGUGGAGGACGCUGUGAUGAAGCAUCUUGAUGUAUUUGUCUCAACUUGUUACACUGGAUUUGUCUGUUUUUAAACAAUUGUAUGCAUUCUGUACAUGCCACAAGCAGGCAGUUUUUGCACAUUUUCAUUAGAAUUUAAAUAAAUAUUACAAAGUCA